UUCUUUUUUUUUUUUUUUAAUUUUCCUUUUCUAACAAAAGUGUGAGAUAUAAAUUAAUUCUGUUUUUUGGGUUUUCAUUCUUCUGGGAGAUUGAUAAGACUGGAAGAAUGAAUAUGGUUGAAUCUCUUCACAUAGAUGUUAAACAAGAUGAUGAGGAUGAUGAUGAUAAUGGAAGUGAGAAGGCAGAUCGCUUCGAUCAGAAGGUUAGUAAGCUCGAAAGGAUCUUCCUCAUCGCCAACUUCAUCUUAAAGCUUACAUCAGCUGCUUUUGAUCAGUUAUCCUCUGUGCAGAAGCCCCAGUAUGCACUACUUAGCAUGAUAAUUUCUUUCACAGUCUUGAUCAUUUCCAUUAUUGAUCUCCUUCAUAAAGGUCGAAACGAAAAAGUUAGUUGGAUGAGGAGAAGGUUGAUACCUUGGUUUUAUUACCCAUAUCCAAAUCCCAAGCCUUUUGGUACAUUUCCUGACAUUAUAGGAUUAGUUUGUGCUGUUUUUCAAUGCAUUUUUGCAGCAAUAUCAUAUGCUUUUUUGUGUCAGCAUGCUGAUACUCCCAUCAAAGUAUCUGUUUUGCCUAUAAUCUUUGCUUUUGGUCUCUUGUCUUCUAGACUUUCUGGAAAUAAUACAGAAAAAAGACCUACCCCACAUAGAAGGAGACUGAAUGGAGCAGAGGGAUUUACUCUGGCUCAGAUAGCUGCAGCAACCUAUGAUUUCUCACCACAGAACAAGGUUGGCGUAGGGCGUUCUUUUGCUGUUUAUAGAGGGAGACUACCAGAUGGUAGUGAAGUGGCUGUCAAGAGAGGAGACACAAAUCAUCAGAGGAAGAAGUUUCAGGAGGAAGACAGAUUUUUUGAAACUGAAUUGACAUUCUUGUCAAGGCUUCACCAUAAACAUUUGGUUAGGCUUGUAGGAUAUUGUGAAGAAGAGAAUGAGAAGAUUUUAGUUUAUGAGUAUGCAAAGUAUGGAUCUCUACAUGACUUUUUGCACAAGAACAAUAUUGAAGAGAACAGUAGUGUGAUCAAUUCUUGGAAAAUGAGAAUCCAGAUUGCAUUAGAUGCUGCUAGAGGAAUUGAGUAUCUUCACAAUUAUGCAGUCCCACCAAUAAUUCAUGGAGAUAUAAAGUCUUCUAACAUCUUGCUUGAUGCGAAUUGGGCAGCAAGAGUUUGUGAUUUUCGAUUGUCAUUGUUGGGAGCUGAAUCUGAAAGCAAUUAUAAACCAAAGAAGGCAGUAGGAACAGUUGGCUACGUAGAUCCUGAAUUCUAUAGUCGAAAUGUAAUAACUGCAAAAAGCGAUGUGUAUAGUUUUGGUGUAGUAUUACUAGAACUUUUGACAGGCAAGAGAGCUAUAUUCAAUGAUGAAGACAGUGGAGAUGCAAUAACAAGUAUAGUGGAUUUUACAGUACCUAAAAUAUUGGCCAAUGAAUUGCUCAAGGUUUUGGACGAAAGGAUUGCUCCACCAGAACUUCUUAAGGAAGCCGAGGCAUUGGAGCUAGUGGCGUAUACUGCACUUCAUUGUGUAAAUUUAGAAGGGAAUAACAGGCCAAGUAUAACUAACAUUGUCAGUAAUUUGGAUCAAGCUUUGUCUCUAUGUGAUGUUCCUAUGGAGGUUUAUCAACACAGGGAAGGUGCAGAAGAGUCGCAUGGUAGAUCACAUGAUAUGGAGCCAAACUCCAAUGGAACAGAGAAACAUCACUCAGUAAUUUCAUGAAGGCAACAAUGGUUCCGCCACGGAAUGCACAGAUUCUUUCUACUUUAACUGGGAGGUUUCAGCUUAUUGUAAUUUCAUUUUGCAAUUAGAAUCUUGUUUUCUCGAGCUGAAAGGUUUCAGUUUCCAAAUGAUAUUUCCAGAAGAUAUAGUGAAUUAUGAACCAUUUUCACACACUUCCAUUGAUAAGCCUGAUUUCAUAGACUUCAAUUAAA